UAACAAUAGCAUGGAGUCGGCUGUGACUCUACUGAAGCGAGCAGCGGCGUUAGAUUCUGCAAAAAAGUACUCAGAGGCACUAAUAUGCUACCAAGAAGGCAUACAACUUCUCAUGAAGGUCUUGAAAGAAACUUCGGAUGAAGAAAAACGUAAGACAAUACGAGAGAGGCUACAAAGGUAUAUGACUAGAGCAGAAACCGUCAAAGACUAUGCCAAAGCCAUAAAAAUGGGUACCCAAUCACAAGAGAUGGCUGAUACCUCAAGCACACAGAUAGAAUCAAGAAAAAGGAAACGAGCAUCUUCGCCUAUUGAAGAGCAACACGAUGCCACCGGUCCACAUCACGAGCAGAUACACAUCACUGAAGAUGCCACCGGUUACAGCUAUGUCAAUCUUUUCAGUCCUUACUUAGAUGGCUCUGUCACUACUGUUGAUAUCGAGGAUCCAUACAUUCGAAGUACCCAUCAGGUGUAUAAUUUUCUUCGAUUCUGUGAGCUGCUGGUGGCCACACGGUCAGUGAAGAAAAUCAGUCUGAUAACUGGAUUGUCUGAAGAUUAUAGAAGUCGAGAGCAGCAGAUGGGUCAGCUAAACGAAAUCCAACAGAGUUUGAAAAGUCAUGCAGUUGAGUUAACAAUUUCAUACUCGGACACCCUUCAUGACCGAGAAAUCAGAUUUAGUAACGGAUGGACUGUUAAGAUUGGUCGAGGGCUAGAUUACUUCAAGCCAACAAAGGGUCGAUUUGCUAUUGGAUUUUGUGACUUCAAUUUGCGACUGUGCCAUGAGACGACCGUUGACGUUUACCACAGAACAGACACAGUGAAGCCUACGUAGAGUUUGUGAGGGAAAUGUAUAUGAGUGGUUUUUAAUUUGUUUUUAAAUGUCAGAAUAGGAUUAAAAUCUGUACUUGUAUAUACUGAUUUUGUUUUACAAAUGAUUAAAUCAAUUUAAAUUUUAAUUGAA